UCCAAAUAACAGCACGCGCGGUCUGACCCCUGGACAUCUCACCGACUAUACACCACCGAAUCCGAUAUCGCACCCCUGCAGACCGCCAUCAUGAAGUUCCUACCUCUCCGUGACUUUGACGUCAUCACCUCGGCGCUCAACUUCAGUACGUCCGAUUGCCGCGUCACUGGCGGAUGUGACCUGUACACCACCAAAGCCGCCGGUUCGGACAAGAAGUUGUACAAGAACAUCGAAUGCUCGCUCGAGUCACAACAUGCCGCCGCACUCAAGUUCGGCGCGUCUCUCUCGCCUCCGCAACGCGCAGAAAUGGCCCAGUCUCUCAACCUCUCGCGAUCAAGCCCAUUCGGCCCACUGAGCGACAUCUCUAGCCGGCGCACCUUCGCGUAUCUGAUCGCCACACUCAACGCCAGCCACCCAGACUACGACUUCUCCCAUGUCCUGCGACCAACGGACUUCAAGAAAGAGCGAAACCUACGCCGCGUCAUGGCUAAUAUCGACGCCACUCUCCACAAUGUGCGACCUAUGGGCUCGUCCAUGAUCUCAUCCAGCCUCAAUUCAAACUAUCGCGCUUUCAGUGCGUCGCCAGGCGCCUCCUUUUCCAGCAGCACUCUGCCUGUGAGCAGCCCGGCGUGGACACCGCAGAUGUGGACCAUGCUUGAUAAGGAAAUGGCACUCAAAGACUGCGUCUGUUACUCCUACCAGCCUGCCGAGGAUCCUUUUGAUGGCGACGAGGCUGCGAUCUGGAGAUACCACUACUUCUUCUUCAACCGGGUGAAGAAGCGGGUUGCCUACCUUUACGUACGAGGCCUGCCGUUCAUGAUGAACUCUCCCAGCCUCGUCCCCGAACGCAGAGGUAGUAAUACGAAGCGCUAUGCGCAGCCGGUGUCAAGUAGCCUCGGUGCCAACAAGCGUGCCAAGUUUUGGUUAGGCGAGAGCUUUGCCAGCCGUAUUGUUGCCGAUGGCGAAGAAUAUCAGGACGAUGACGACGACGACGAUGCUAUCGAAGUCUGGGAUCCUGAUAACGAUGCAGAUAUCGACCCCUUCAACAGUCCCAUAUCGGAGGACGAGGAGAGCGACCACUACCAAAGCACGGACGAGGAAGAGGAUGAAGAAUUGGAGAAGAUCAGCAGGAGUAUCAGCGAGGAAGUCGCAGGUCGCAUGGAGAUCGAAUAAGUCCGCUCACGUCAACAUUCGCUCUCGCUUGACUGGCAUCUUCACUACGCAGGACGUACAUGAUCGGUUCGUCGACAACGAGCCAGCGACACCAGGCCUGGCCAUUCUUCAACAUUUGGCUUUAAUAUCCUCAGGCACUGAG